AUGUAUGUAAAACUCGUUUUAGUAGCGAAAGGUUCUGACGCUAUGGCAGCCAAUAACAAACAAAAACUUAUAGACACAGACCACAUAAAAAACAACAUUACAAACACUGCCUUCUUUUCUCGCACGAUUUGCGCUGACAAUAAGAUUUCUUCUACGAUGAAGUGUUGUGUCCUGAUACUGUGUAUACAAAUUUAUGCGGUGGUAGCAAAUAGCGCUGACCGGUUUGUUGACAACAACAACUUACAAAUUGGUUUCGGUAAAGAUUGUUACCUAUUCUGGAGAGGAGAUAAUGGCUAUCGAAAAAACGGGGAGUUUAGAUGCGGUUCAAAAAACGGUGAUCCGAUGUACGUUAAGAAGGCGAAGAAUGGUUAUUAUUACAUUGGAAGCGACAUUGGUCCUUUGUUUUGGAAUGGAAAUCCCGGAAACACAAAAAAUGCAGAAUUUCGCAAAGGCAAAUCGCCCAGCGAUACAUUUUGGAUACGAAAACAAUCAGACGGACUAUACGCAAUAGGUUAUGACGACUGUCCUUUAUAUUGGCGUGGAGAUAAAGGCAACGUUAAAAAUGCUGAAUUUCGAUGCGGAAAACCUAUUUCUGACACUUUCUGGAUCAAAGGUGAUGGUUGCAAAAUAUCAAAGAUACAUAUCAUAGACAACGGGAAUGAUGCAUCUCCCGAUGGGGAAGAAAUAGUUGGCCUAACGACAGCAGGAAGCUGCUCAGCUGGAAGUAAUACCUUAGCAUUAACGACAACACAGGAAGUUACGGAAGAAGUGGGUAUAGAAAUAUCGAGAUCCGUUGAACACAACUGGCAGGUCAGCCAAAGUGUCACUGUCGAAGCAAGUGCUAAAUUUCUUGGCUCUGGUGGAUCUGUGUCGGCUACGGUUGGAACUUCUAUCGGAGGAUCAGUAAGUUAUGGUAGUUCGAGAAGUAAAAGCACUUCGCACAGUACUUCGUCUCGUUCGAGUCACGAGGUUUCUUAUUCUACACCUGGUGGAGCGUUAAUUGUCGGCUUCGUGAAGAGAUACACGUUUGACCGAUCCAGAAUACCUGCAAAAGUCACUGUCUCCUGUAAAGGUGGCUAUCAAUUUAAAUACAGCACAGAAAUUAAAUUAAAAUCGAAAACAUAUAGCCAUGCGUUCUUCAAGUCCUCCAGAGGAACGUUUUUCCCUGGCAAAUGUAACGAGAAUCGCGUUCAUUGUAUCUACAGUGAUUCUUACAGAAGCUACAAAAGUUUAAUGGAAGCUGGAAGAAAAUUUUCACAGUGUUUUGAAAACAGAGCUGGAAAAAUGGAAAAACAAAGUGUGUUGUAAAGUUAUAUUAAUAUAUUUCAGGUGAUAGAAAUACCUUCUAUUUGUUACUGUUUCGUUUUAAGCACGAGGAUAUUUCUCGAAUAAUGUUGUGUAAGAUUUUGCUUUUCAACGAAGUCCAGAAUACGGUUCUUGUGCAGUAUUGUGCAUAGUUGAAAAGAAUACGCAUAAAAAGCUUCUUCCAUGUUUGCCGUCUUGAUUCAUUAGGAUAAUGUAAAAAAACACUUAUGAUCAACGGGAAAUCUUUCCGCUAUGCCACUUUUCCAAUGACAAUGUUUUUUUAUCGUGCUAGAAAUCGUCGUUUCUUACCGAAUACAUAAUUUCUUUACACUUGCAUGUAAUGUUUUUUUUAAUGAAAUGUGCGUUGUGUUGUAGUAAUAACAUCUUACGAAAUAAAAUUUGGUACAAAUUG